GCAAAAACACUGAGAUGAGGCACUUCCACAUAAAAAGGGAUAUGAAGGAGCUCCCAUGUAACUGAAAAAGGUGGUUGCUUUUGCUCUGCCUCUGCGAUGAUGAUGAUGAUGAUGAUGAUGACGACGCGAAGAGUCUCCACCAACUCGUCUCUCUCCGCCACAGCUUUCGGAUCAUUUACGAAAUGGUCCUUCAAAUCUUCCCAGUUUCACGGCGAGUCCCUAGAUUCCUCUGUCUCACCACUUCUCAUCCCCGGCGUCCACGUUUUCCAUUGUCCGGAUGUGGUUGGGAUUGUAGCGAAGCUAUCAGAUUGCAUUGCUGCAAAGGGAGGCAACAUUCUUGGUUAUGAUGUGUUUGUUCCUGAGAACAAUAACGUCUUCUACUCUCGAAGCGAGUUUAUUUUUGAUCCAGUGAAGUGGCCAAGGAGUCAGAUGGGUGAAGAUUUUCAAACUAUUGCAAAGAAAUUCAAUGCUAUGAGGUCGGUUGUACGAGUCCCUUCUUUAGACCCCAAGUACAAGAUUGCUCUUUUACUCUCCAAACAGGACCAUUGUCUGGUUGAAAUGUUACAUAAAUGGCAGGACGGAAAGCUUCCUGUUGAUAUAACAUGUGUCAUAAGUAAUCAUGAAAGAGCUCCAAACACACAUAUUAUGCGGUUUCUCCAGAGGCAUGGCAUCUCCUAUCAUUAUUUGCCAACAACCGAUCAGAACAAGAUAGAGGAGGAGAUUUUUGAGUUGGUCAAGGAUACUGAUUUUAUUGUUCUCGCUAGAUACAUGCAGGUACUGUCUGGUAACUUCUUGAAAGGUUAUGGAAAAGAUGUUAUCAACAUACAUCAUGGCCUCUUACCAUCAUUCAAGGGGAGAAGCCCCGCCAAACAGGCAUUUGAUGCAGGUGUGAAACUAAUUGGUGCAACCACUCACUUUGUUACAGAGGAACUUGAUUCAGGUCCUAUCAUUGAACAAAUGGUUGAGAGAGUUUCCCACCGAGACAACUUGACGAGCUUUGUCCAAAAAUCAGAGGACCUCGAGAAGAAGUGCCUAAUGAAAGCUAUAAAAUCUUACUGCGAACUCCGAGUUUUGCCUUACGGGACACACAAGACUGUUGUAUUCUGAUACCCACAAAAUCAAAAAACUCUCACAUGAUUCUUCUUCAUACAAGCAAGGUCAUACAUACAUACAUACAUACCACUCUUUAAGAUUUCUGUUUUUUCAUAGCUUACACGUCCAUUGUCUUGUCUUUAGCAAAUCAGAAACUCUUUCACUGGAAUAAAAAGUUUAUCUGAGAUCAA